AUGUCAACUAACAGCAAGCAACCUUUAUCAAGCUCCAUUUCAAAAGUUUUUAGCGUAGCUGUUUUAAGAAAUGAUGGAUCAAGAAUAUAUUCAAAAUAUUACAAUUCAUGCUUUCCUGAUUAUUUUAGCACUGUUAAAGAGGGUGAUUUAAAAGAUUUAAAUGUAUAAAAAGCUUUUGAAAAGAAUAUAUUUGAAAAAAGUAGAAAAUUGGUCAAUAUUAAAGCCAUGAAACCUUCAGACACUGAAAUAUUUGGAUAUGGUCGCUUUACCAUACUUUUCAAGAUUUUAUCAGAUGUGUAAAUUUACAUAAUCGCUGAUCCUGAUGAAAAUGAAGCACUUCUUGCAGCUGCAUUAAAAUGUUUGGUUGAUAGUAUGAGUAACUUUUCUAAGGAGUAAAUCAAUAAUAAAAUAGUAUGCGAAAACUAUGAAGGGUUGAUACUAAUCAUUGAUGAAAUAAUUGAUUAAGGUAUUAUAGUCAAUAUUGAACCAGGUGUUAUAAUCUCCAGAUAUACUAUGUUAGAUUGCGAUGAUGCAUUAAGUGCAGGAGUUGGAUAAUCUCAAGCUAAUACAACAAGCAGUAGUUAAAAUAGUUAAAGUUCAUCAAUAUCUACCUAAGCCAGUAGCACAGUAGGUUUUUUAAAAUCAUUGUUUAACAGAUGA